CAUCUAGCGGGAAAAGCCUGUGACUCCGACCUCUUGAACUGAUAAACAGCUGAACAGUUCAGGAUUCAGUUCAAUUCAUAGCUUCUGGGACCGGGAGACGAGAAUGUUUGGCUGUGUUGCUUUGGCAAACAGGUUUGUAAAAAUGAACUCUUUUAUAAGUCAUUAUGUUUUGGUAUGCUAUUUGUCAGGUCUGCUCGGUAAGUUGGGGCCAGUGAGUGAUUCGUUCACUGAACAUGCACCGUUCCCUCGCAAACCGCUGCAAUGAUAGUAUGCUGCGGGAUUGAUGCACUACUUGUUACACGCUGUGUCCUAUUGUGUGCAAGUUGUUGUGGUGGCAAUUUAGCAGUGGAAAAUAGGGUAGUUUUGUCUGACAAAAAUGAUUCCGAUUCGUUCACCAAGUGAUUCAGACGUUGGUGCAUGUGGUUCCUCGUUCGCCGGCUGCUGGCCUGGCAAUGCUGAGAAACGAACGAAUCACUCGAGGGAGUAAUUCGGUUCAGUACGCUCACUUAAAAGUUUCGGUUCUCUUGAACGAAUUGUUCGCGAACGACAAAACACUAGAGCCUUCUUGGAACAAAUGGCUCGCCGUACUCCGGUGACGUCACCGCCAUCUGAUGUUUGGAUUGUUUAGGCGGGGUUUUCAACUCUCGUCUGUUCGGAUUAUCGAUUCAUUUUGUAAAUAGUCGCCGUCCGUUUGCGAAAUAUGGAGCGGUAUGUCCUAAGAUGUGACUUAAGUUUUACUCUGUAACUUAAAACACUCAUCUAAUAACACUUUAGAUACAUGUUUCGUUUUUUGACUCAGUCAGCUGCCGUUAUAAGCUACAGUUAGCCAAUGCUAGCUAACUAACCGUCGAUCUAAACUUUGUUUCAACCCGUAGAUUUACGCGGAUAAAGCUUCAUAGUUUGACAUUUGGGCUCAUUUAGAAAAACACAGUAAAUCUUUAAUGGCGAGUGGGGUUUUGUUUUAAGGAGAUACUGAACGAACCUGCUUGUUAUCAAGCUAAACUCACAUUCCCGUGUAACUUGUCUGUUUACGCCUGUUCGCUGCGGCCGAAGCUGCUUUUUAUUGUCAGUUUAAAAAUACAAUCGCUGUGUUACUCAUGUUUAUAUUUUGCUGUACGAACUGAAAAAGGCGAAGGAUUAACGCUCAGUAAUUUUAUUUCUUCGUUAUAACUUGUGUGCAGUGGAAGGAUGAGUCGAGCUACAGGCAGACAGUCGGAGCUGCCAAUGCGAGUGCAAGACAGCAACAGGAUGAGCAUGAUGUAUGCGACCCCUCAAAGGUUAGUACGAAGUCAAUUCUAUAAAAAGAGAGUUUAAAAGAUCAGUUUGUAUGGAGGCAUACGACUUUCCUGUGGAGAGAGUAUUGCACAGAGUCUAUACUACAGUGUGGACAGAUGUUUAUUCACUCCUACAAAUUAUUGACCACAUCAACACAAAAAAAUGAAAUACUUCACUGUUUACGGGUCAGUGACAAGUAGGGGUUUGCAUCAUGAGUGAUUCAAAAAUGUUCUAAUAAAUUGUUGUAAAAGUUUGCAUUAGAUUUGCAGAGAUGUUUAUUUUGUAUUUCUGUUGGUUUCAUAUAAUUUCAAAUAGCAUUUAAACCUAAGGGAGGGAGGGGGGAUGGAGGCCAAGAAGGCGUUGAGUUGGAGGGAUGUGUGUGAUUAUUCUUCAUGUAUGUGUGUGUGUAAGCCCGUGGCAUUGUCUCCAUCUCAGACAUGACAAUAUGACAAAACUUUUCACUGGAACUGUAUUUAUUGAUAUGUAUUUAGCUUUUAGUCAUAUAUUUCUGAUACAGCUCUAUCAUAUGAGGACAAAUGAGAAACACAAGUGGCAGCUUGUUAAAGAUUUUGUCAGUGAAGUUUAUCUCUGUGAUCACACUUUUCUUACAUUUCAGUAAACAGCCGUCAUUUGGAAAGCUUGGCAUACCCAAACCACAGUCUGGGACCUCUGAGAGACGGACCAGCUUCUUUGGGGGCCGGUAUGUGAACAAUAUUCAAAAGCUUGUCUAACAUUGAAGUGUAGAGAACAGAGAACAAACUUUAUGUAUCAAAACCGUUCAGCCUUUAAUAAAUAACAAUUAUUUACAUGUCAAAUAAGGCAAAUACACUGUACUGAAUAAUGGCAGUCUAUUUUGUGACUGAGUCUUUUGCUUUUCUAUGAAGCAACUUCUACAUACGGUUCUUAAGACAUUAAAUGAUCAAACUUGUUCUUUCAUGUCAGUCAACAAAGUUGUCAUAUUGUGUGAAUGUUUCAACAGCAGGGCCAGUGGAGCCAGCAUGUCUCGCAACAGCAUCAUGUCAGGGUUCGGUGGAACUGAGAAGAUCAAAGAUGCGAGACCCCUGCAUGAUAAAUCUUUUGUCCAGCAGUGUAUUAGACAGCUGCAUGAGGUACAGACACUCUAUUUCUCUCUUUCUUUGUUUUACCGCAACUGUUAAUGAUGCUAGGACCCAACUUAACGUGGAGUUACAAUGUAGACCGGUAAAAUAAUACUGCAGGAUAGCUGUAUGUGUGAAUGAGAUUCUGUAUUUCUAACCAGUCAGAUGUUCUUUUCUCAUUUAUUGCUCCAGUUCUUGACAGAGCAGGGUUACCCAGGCACUCUGGCAGCUAAAACCCUCCAGUCUCCCUCGACCAAGGAGUUUGUAAAGAUGUUUGAAUUCAUCUACCGCCAGCUUGACUCAACUUUUGAAAUGCCAAACUCAAAAGUUGAAGAGGAGGUUCCAGCUAUCCUAAAAGCCCUGAGGUAUCUUUAAGUUUCAAUUAGUAUUGUACAUCUGAAUGUUUCUAUGAUGUAAUAAGUGUCUCUUAGCUCACAUUGAUAAUCAAUAAAAGAUGUUAACUGAAAAAGCAAAAGAUAAGAGGGCAUGUAAAAACCUCAUCAUUUGUAGUAUUCCUUCAUGUUGUUGUGUAGUUUAAUUAACGUGGCUGACAGUCUUCAUGUUUUCUGCAUAAGGUACCCAUUUGUUCUCUCCAAGUGCUCCAUGUACUCUGUUGGGGCUCCACAUACCUGGCCCCAGGCCCUUGGUGCUCUUAUGUGGCUGAUUGAUAACGUGAAGGUGAGAUGCAAACCAGUUAUUGAUUAGAGUUCAAUCAAUCUGAUCUAAUUCUUGUGAAUUCAGGUUAAGUAAGUUUAGAUUGAUCAGUGCGUUGUUAUUUUGUGUUUCUGCCUGUUAGAUUAACUGGAGUUUGAGUCGUCAGGAGCUGCUGUUCAGUGACUUCUGUGAAGAUGGUGACAACAUCGAGGAAGGAGCCGAGUAUAAUAAGGUAUCCUGACAACUUAUAACAGCACCAAGAUGGAUAGCAACAAGCUGUGUUUCUUCUUGAUGUUGUUGUUCUUCUAUUUCAGUUUAGUUCAUGUAUUAUUGUGCAGUCAUGGUUUAGAAACAGUCUAACUUUGAACUUUUCAUUCGUAUGUUCUUGCAGCUUUUCCUGGACUACACAGCUGAGACAUACUCCAAGUUCAUGCAGGGCGAUGACACUUUUGACGACGAGGAUGAGGCCUUCCUGAAUAAAUUAAGUAAAUAAUUAUGGCUUUCAUUUGACAAUAAACUGGUUUCUUUUCAUAAAAAGAAGACUUAUCCCAAAUCCAGAUAAAUCAUCCAGAAGUGUGUUUGUGUUUGUCUUGACAGAGAGACUUUACAACGUCGAUGAGGCCGUGCUGAGCUCGAUGGAGGAGAGGCACAGAAUUCUGAGCGAGGAGGUUGAACAACUGGAGAAGGAGAGCCAGACGGUCAGAAGGCCAAACACUGACAUAACCUCUUUGCAUACAGUCUAAAAGAAGCUGUUCAAAAGUUUUUAUAGUCAUGUUGAAUGCGAGUUAACAUCCUUUAACAAUAGUUCCAAAACAAACGGGAUACUUUUGAUGGAUGAAAAACAAGUUGUACAAAAGUUUUGUCCUUUCCUUGACAGGACCGACUGAUGACCAAGAGAAUGGAGAAGGUGAAGCUUCAGGCCGAUCUCAAGAAACUCCAAAGUUACAGAAGCAGCCUGGAGACUUUUAAAGCCAACCUGGAGAACAAAGCUGCAGAACUGAAGGAUGAGCUGGAGACCAACGGUAGAUACGCCUCAUGUUAAUGUUCAUGUAAACAUGUCACUGUGACAUAACUGGGUAUCAUUGCCAUCAAUCUUUAUCAGUUGAAGUCUACACUCCAAUUUAUUUAAGAAGAACCUGCCAGACAAUUUUAGGACUAUCAAAACAUCUCCACAUAGCAGCUUGAUUUUUGGUAGCUGAACGGUAUUAAUUAUACCGAGUUAUCUGAGUGUCACAAAGCAGACAGUAAUGUGGCCUUAGAAAGUUGUUUUUUGUGUUUUCUACAAAAGUUUAAUUUUUUCUCUCUGUGUUUCCGCAGUCAGUCACCUGGAGUCUCUGAAACAUGAGAGAAAUGAACUGCAAAACCUCCUGCAGAACCAGAAGUUUACUCCAGCUGAUGUGGAGAGGAUCAACAGAGAGAAGAGGGAACUCCAACAGACCAUCUCCAGUCACAGCAAGUCUCUGGAAGACGCCGAACAGCACAAGUGGAACGAGGAGAUCGCCCUGGCCAAAGUUAAAGAGAAGGUAUGUAUUUAAGUGAACUGAAAACACAUUUGGGAGUCAUAAUGGAUGUAAUGUGUAUAUCCCACACAUUUUGACCUGACUGUGCUUCUUGUUUGCUUCACGCCUGUCCUCUCUUGUUAUUUCCCUCAAUCUAAGGCGGAGUUGAAGCUCACGGAGUACCACAAGCUGGCUCGUAAGCUGAAGCUGAUCCCAGUGUCUGCAGAGAACACCCGUGGACACGAUUUUGAGAUCAAGCCAUUUGAAUGUGGACCGGGUAACAUGGUUCAGAAUAAAACACAGAUACAGGUACGUCAAGCCUACUACAGGAUUUACAAUGGCUUUUGAUUUAGCUCAGUAUAUGGAGGACUAACUCACUGUUCUCCUGCCUGAUAUUUGAACUUAUUCAGUUGUACUGUAGCUCCGGGUUUGUAUAUUAUCAAGCUGCAAGAAGUGAAAGAUUUUGAAGUGCGAUGUAGGAUUUCUUAGUGCCUGUUCUGAUCGUUCGUUUUCACUGCAGAUGCUCCUGAAAAAGCUGGUGAGUGAUGUGGAGGAGGAGAACAGUCGACUCGCCAACUCAAAACUCAGUCUGGAGGAGUCUUGUGAACAGGUAACAAAACUGUGUUCUGUAAUAUUUUUUUUUCAGUGUCUCCUCAUGCUGAAGAUCAUGAGGAGGAGAAAAUAUCAGAGUUGUAGAUUUAGUAGAGUUGAAUUUGUACACAACACUUGCGGCAGCUUUGUAAUGAACGUUUUUUUCCUCCUUGGUUUUAAAGGUGAAUUGUUACAUCAUGGAGAAGUCGAAUGACCUCAAACAGCUGAGAGAGCAGAUUCGUAAGCUGGAUGAACAGUUGGAUUCUGACAUGCAGGUAAAGUCCAUGUAGUUCAAGUUUCUUUGUGUUGGUAGAAAUUCCAUACUUCUUCAUGAAUUUUAGACAAGAGUACAUUUAUUUUUUUUUAGCAUUUUUAUCUCUUAAGUGGAAAAACAUGAUGGAUAACUGUUCAAACAUGUGAAUUUCAUUAAGAACUACAAGUAAACUGAAAUUUACCAAUGAUGGGGUGUUCUUUAGGAACUGGUCAGAGAGGAACAGGACUGGGCAGAGGAGAUGGAGUCAGUGGAAAACCAUCGAAAGCUUCUGGAGAAGAAGGUGAAUUAUGGUUACGACGAGGCUGUGCAACAACUGAAGGCAGCACAACAACAGUGAGUGACCGACAACUACACAUUCAUCAGCAGUAACUGUGUCUGGGUUAUGUCAUCCUGAUUAAAAACAACAACAACUACAAAACGUUCUUUGUUUUGCAAUCCAGGUACCACCUGGUGCUGCAGGAGACCAAUGAGGAGAGGAGAACAGUGGCCAACAAUCUUGCUUCUGUAUUUACCACAGCAGCAAACCACCUGUCGAUCACAGAGGUAACUAUCAGACGUCUCUGCACUUAACUCCUGUAAAGUUAAAGGGGGAGGGGGGUAUACAUGUAUAUUUCAUGUUUAAUUUAAGACUGAAGACAGUAUCGUUAUUGAUUAUUACAUCCUGUGGUUUCUGUCCAAUAGAAAUGUCUGGAGGACCUUCACAGCAGAGUGCAGCGUGUCUGCUCUAAAGCAGUCGAGGAGGAUGAGGCAGCUGUGCAGAAGUUGCGUGACACUCUGAAGAGCUUCAUGUUGAAUGCGAACAGUUUAUGAGGUGAGGUCUUCAGGUCUGCUGGAUGGAGCAGAGUUCAGAGACUAUGUUUGAGGUUGGGCCAUCAUUUCUGAGUUUGUUCGGACUUUGAAAUGAUCACCUCAUUCAUUACAUUUUUAUUAAUAUGUUCUUACCUAUUUUUGAACUGCGUGACACCGUGACUCUUAUUUUAGAUGAACAAAAAACCUGUUUGUGGUCUCAGUAUCUUCUUCAUAAGUUAUUCUGAUGUUAAGAUUAGCAGAAAUGUCUGUCAGCCUCCCCAGAAACGUUGUCAAUACAAAAACUGAAGUUGAGAAAUCUUUAUACAUACUAGUCGCCUUUUUUUUUACUGAAGUUUUUUGUGUCUUGUGCCAUUCUGUAUCAAUGCUUUUAAUUUUAUCAACUAACAUUCAUAAGAAAAUAAAAAAAAAAUUAAUUAUCUUUUUACUUGUGUUUAAAGAUCGCUCUUCCUUUCGUAGCUAGAUUGAUACAAUGAAAAAUAUCUGAAAUGUGUUUGUUUUUCACCAAGGAAUAUGAAAACACAACCGAUAACUGUUUGAACCCCAACUUUCUUUCUGGAUGUGGUCAUGUACUGAAGUGGAUAGCUGGAAUUUUCUCAGGCCACUAGAUGGCAGCACAAAACACAGGUUUGAAAAGUGCUCAGGUUAAAUUAGAGUGAUUUUUUUUCACUGUUGUAUUAACCUAAAUUGGCACCAAAUGCAUGUAGGUUUGUCUCUUACUCUCUUACUUGCUUCAGUUUUAGCAGAAAACUUCGCCUCCUUUUAUUAAACAGAUAAAAACGUAUUUACUUGAAUUCUCUGGUGUUUGAGUUGGUUUGAUCGUGCUGAUUGAUUAAAUUAAUCUUAAUCUCAAUUAAUCUAAUUGAGGCAUUAAAUCACGUACAGUUUUGUUUUUCAUUUUACGAGCCCAAAAACUGAUCUGUCUUUUUUUUAUCUUUUUAAAUGAGGAUUUUUAAAGUAAUACAAACAUUGACAGCAAUAGCAUGUGAAAAUAAAAGAUUAAAUUCAUUUGUGUACUUGUUAAACAUUAAAACAGCAGGAGGUGAAACAGCCUCAUCUCCAUCCAGUCAUAACUGAAGACAAUAAAAGCUUUACAUACACAGUUUCUGACAAUGUGAAACCAACAAGUCAGGUAGCGUGACUUUCAUUUCUGUGUCAUUCAGUUGUUUUUACAGUAUGACCAGACUUUGAAAUAUCAGCUACUGACAAAAACCAAAAAACUGACAGACUGAAAUUACAUUGUGAGUUUAGGAGAAAAACAUGUCUGGGGAAGGAGAGUUUAUGGCAAAGUCACUUGGCUGAGGUAAUAACACUGUUGAUGAGGGCACAAAGAGGGGGUGAAAAUAUCACUUCACAAUGUCUCUUAUUUCAUGAUUCACAUCAGUCAUCAGAGGAGUUUCUUUCUUUUUUUGCUUUUUUGUACAGAUAUGAUGAUUUACAGUAUCUUUUUAUUCCAUAUCAAAGGCUCAAUACCAAUGAAGAGACUAAACCAAAAAGGUAUGGUUUGAAUGAGUGUUAGUGAUUACAGUACGCUUAACAUUCACAAAAUGAUCUGAACCUCAUCCACUUGUGAAAUCUUCCCACAGAGCAUUUUCUGCACAAAGCGUUGCAAACAAGGCUGGAGUGUCAUCCUGGGAUUUGGGGGGAAUGGAUUGCUUUAGUCUAAGAACUUCACAUCAUGUCAAUACAGUAAAGUCAAAGAAGCUUUUACAAGGGGAACGUUUGAAAAUCUGUCAGUGCUGCAAGCGUGAGAGAAAUGUUUUGGCAGAUGUGAUGAGGAGAGAUGAGGUGAUUGUGAGGGGCUCCGGGUAGAAAGAGGGAAUGAAAAAUGUGAUGGAUAACUUCCACCUCUAGCAGGGGCAUCCCCUCCUCUGGAUGUGUGUGUGUGUGUGUGUGAACGGGAGGGGGUGCAGAAAGUCAGAGGAAAGCCUGGUACCAUGUGUUAACAGCUACAGACCCUUAAUGCAACCAAACAGGGCUGACCUGGCUGUGUUUAUCAGAUCCCAAAUGGACAGGUGGCAUCCAUAAAAGCCAUUUUACAAGACUUAUGAGUGUGUGUAUGUGUCUUUGCAUGUGUGAGAAAAUGAAUGUCAUGAUUUGUGUAUCUUUGCUCUCCCAGAGGCAUGUACAAGGUGGCCUGCGAGUGUGUGUGUGGCUCUGUGAAAGGAUUAGCGUGUUUUUUUCUUCCAAACCUUUUUCCAUAAUUGUUUUAUUUUUGUUUUCCUGUUUUUUGUUUAUGUGAUUUCUCAGCGAGUGUGCGUGUUUGCCGUUCUCCCGUGUCGCCUGUGGCCUUUAGCCUGCUCAGUCCUGUGUUAUCCUGGGUCACUGCAUUCAAAGACAUGCACCAUGAAUUCUUAAUACACUGUGUGUUCCUGCUCUCACACGGGAAGUCCAUACAACGAGACUGAGGGCAGAAGCUGAACUUAUCCAGGACUCUGUUUGUUUGUAACUUUCAGGGCCUUUUGAGAAAAGGGAGAUGUAAGGAGGAGGAUAAGCAACUCUCAGGUGCCAAGAAAAGAAGACUUAAAAAAACUGAAUUCUCCUCCUCUCCCUUGCCUCAUGCCCUAGAAAAAAAAAGUGUGUUAUUGCUUUACCACAAGUCUAAGAAACAAGUUCACAUAGUAAAGCAGAGAGGUGCUAAUGCGGGUCUUAUUAUGGGUUAAUCUCACCAAUCCACCAUCACAGUGAUCUGUUUUACAGAUGUGGAUAGCAGGAUAACUGAAGGGGAGUUUAAAGAGAGAAAGCUCUCUCCCCACUAUUUUCUUUAUCCCAGCUCCCUGUAAAAACACCACUGUGUGGAGCUGAAAUCUGUCUCCCUUAGAUCGACAUUAUGACUUGCUCUGGCAUUUUUAUUUCUCUUCCAGCCACUAAUUGUCUCCAGAUUUAGAAGACAAAUCUACUUCUGCUUUGGCUGUACUCAAAACACGCACAGACGUGGUGACGCAACAUUUGUAAUAAGAUUCAGAUUUGGAAAAAGCUGCUUUUUGCACAGGAGAGACAAUUGUUUAAAUUUUGAUCAGAACACAGUCAUUGACAGAAAUAGUACAUGUUGCGCAGGCUUUUUGACAAACAGUUUGCUUUGUGCUUUAUUUUCUUUUUUAUAGCUGUUCGUCUGCACUUUUGCCAGCUUACAGCUAUGUGCAGGUUUCCUAGAAGUCGAGUUCUGGUUCUGGUUAAACCUGGGUCAAACGGGUUAAAGAUGAAGACUUCAAAAUGAAAGUACAACGGCUCGGACAUCUUUGCACAGAAAUAUACAAAUGGAGAUUAAAAAAUGCAUACAAGUAACUUGUUGUAGUAUUUCUCAUUCAACUUGUCUUUUUGAAUGAUUUCUUUUUUCGUAAAGUCCCACUCGUAUCUUUUUUUUUUCUUUUUUGUUCUCAGUGGUCUUUAAAUUGUCAUUAUGAAGUUUUUAGACAAAAAUCACAUUACCUGUUUCAUUUUCAAGGGCUUUUCUUGUGCAGAGCUCCAGUAGAUCAUUAGCAAUUCACCUCUGAGUCGUGGGCGGAGACAGCACUGCGCUACACACUCCUCUUCAUGCUAGCUUGUGGCCUAACAUUGCCAGUGUAGCAGAAGUGGCAGGUAACAUAGAAGCUAUUCAGCUCUCGGACACUAACGUCUUUGGGGGCAUGAUGAAAGUUAAUAUCAUGAUUAGCUUUCUAAUGAACAUUGCGAUCGUGCUCUCUACUUCUUGAAGUCUGGCGCCUGAGGUGGAGAUUGGACUUGUGAGACAGAAAAUCCUUCUGUGUCUGAACCUGCCGUUUGGGUUCACAGCAAUUUGAAUGAAGAAAUACUCACAAAUGCUGGUUUUGCACUUAGUUUUCUCGUAUGUCCUCUCGCAUCAGAAAAAUGCCAUAUGAACAUGUAGACAACAAGAAAAAUAUGAUUUUCAUCUGAGAGGGUCCUUAACUGAAAACAUACAGUGGUGCUGUUUAACAGGUGUGUUUCUUUUGUCUCCCUGCCAUGAAAAGUACUGCUGUGUGGUUCCUCCUUGAUUACGUGACAUUAAUUUUAGCUUUGGCCUGUUACUCAACUGACAGUGUAGCACCAAAAGAAAAUGUCUGUUUGAGAAGACCAUUUUUUAUCCAGGUCUAACUGUACUGUCUACUUCAAGUUUGGGAACGACAGCUUUUAUCAUCAGCUCUCUCUCUGCUCCUGAUGCACGUGUGAGUCUGAGUGCUUCCCUCUUGUUAUGCUUCUUUUGCUGACAAUGUGCCGUGUUGACUUUAUGGCAGCUUCCUGUGUGACUGCAGAGCAUGUUGACAGUUUCCUGUGUAUUCAGCCCCAGACUGAAGAGCUGUAAUCAGGACUCUUUUUUUUUUUUUUUUCUGUGAAUAAUAGCAGCGAUGAGUGACCGGUUUACACACAGCAGGUUUUUCCAUCUUAGCUCACUUAUAAUUCAGCGAAGGCAUGAAACAUCAGAGUUUCUGAAAAACAUUAUUCUUCUGUGUCAGGAGGAUUUAUCCACAGCAUGCGCAGUGUGAGUGAUCCAGAAAACAACCCAGAAAAUGUGUCCCACAGUGAUGCUGCAAUCAUGUAGGGCCACAAAAACUUGAAGGAAGAACAGCUGGAAACUUUGAUUUAACACUUGAUGGUUUUCUGCUCUGUGGUGUACUCCCUUACUCCAAGGAUAAUGUACAAAUCUCCUCAAAUCCAACAUAUCCAUUUUGUCCCUAUAAGAUAAAAUUCAUGUAGCAUACAAAAUUAUAUUCUCUGACUUUAAUAGAUGAGGGGAAACAUGAUCAAGAAACAUCACAGUAUACAUGUAUUAAAAUGAAUAGACCCUUACACAUACCCUAAGACUGAAAUGUUCAAUGUAGAUCAGGUAAACAUAAAAUUUGUUGCAAACUAGGCUGUGAGGGAAACAGGUUAUUUGAGUUUUUGUCUCCAACCUCUCCAUCGUUUCUAUCAAUGCAACAUGUUAUAUCACCUGUGAUGAACUCCUGGUUUGUAUUACCUUUGGCGCCCCCUCUGGACGUACCAGUCUUUCAUUAUUCUUUUCUGUAUAUUUGUCAUCAAUGUUUUUUUUUUAUUAUUUAAAAAAAUCUGAUGCUGUCUUGUAACAGAUUUAUCAUUCAUAGAGAGAACAUUUGUCCCAGAACAGGUAAAAAAAAAGCUGUAUCUGCAGCUUGAAGUCCAUUACAUAAGAACUUCCAUCAGACCUGUAUUCAGCCUGAACAGCAUCUGUCUUUCCCUGAUGCCAGAGCACAGUGUGCAUCAGUUUUCACAGCAGUUACAGUUUGAGUAAGACAGAAAGUUAGACUCUAAAAACUGAUUUAAGCAUCCCUUAAUUUUCAAAAUAAAACACUAUCUUGAAGACAGGUCGUAUUUCAAUCAAGAAACUUUUCAUGAUGAGCAGAGCAAGAUGGAGCCAAUGGUGUUAGACUUAAAGAACAACUCCUACUUUGGCCAUCCACCUUAAAGGGAUGUCAGGCGUGAAAUUAAGUUAGGGUCAAACACACCGUAACACCGAGUAAGACACUGCGUCGAGAGAUUAAGGUUGCUGACUGCUUGCUUCUUAUACCAACUAUAGUAACAACCGCAUGAUAGUAAUACACAGCGGACCCAGGAUCCAUGCGCUCAACCCAAACACCACUCUAUAGCCACAAAUAAUGCUCAGAACAGCACCUAUCUUCAUCAACAGUACAUACAGGGUCCCAGCCACAGCACUAGCCACCAAACAUCUUUUUAGAUUUGCCUGAUUUCUUUAGCAAAGAGACUAAACACAACUCACCCACUCUCUUCCAGCAGCUGCUUGUUUGUAUGGAGACCUCACGCAAGUCCAUUAUCACAGUGGGGGGACACAGCUCAAGGAAGAACAUUUAUGAUCAUUUUUUUAUCAGACUGAGACGCUGAGGCAGAAGAGCUACCGCGUCUGUAGUGCAAAUUGAUUAAUAUGGUGAUUAUUACUUCAAGAAAAUGAUGUGUUUGGUCUCUUUGCUAAAGAAGAAGAGAAGCUAGAGAAGCAAGUAGCAACAUUAAUCUCUUGACAGGGUGUCUAACUCGUCGUUAAGGUGUGUUUGACCCUAACUUAAUUAUAUGCCAGAAUAUCCCUUUGUCACUUUUUUAACCAUUGCUGUUGUGUGCAUCUUAAAUGUUGAAGCACACCAGACACAUUACACUAAUCAACAUUUUAUUUCCUGAUGUGGUAACCCCUUGUUUGAGUUACAUCCUCUGCACUGUGUUUUAGGGUACUUUCCACCACAUGGCAAAACUUAAGGCCAAAUAAACAUGUUGUGUUCUUCUGACUUAAACUUGUUUUUAAAGUUAGACUUUCCGGGUUUUUCUGCAGAGGAUAGAGGGUAGGAAAGCAGGAGAGAGUAGUAGGGAGGCUGGAAUCAGACCCAUGCCCCCACUUGUGGACAAUAGCCUCUCUUCUUGGGGAAAUGAUUUGCCCACUUGGCUAAACGGGUGCUCCAUGACGCUACGUUUUUAAUGAUUCACAGGGAAAAGUGGCUUUUAAAAAAAAGGACGUCCUGGUCUGGGUGUGCGUUCAUACAACCCUGUGUGUGCCAACCAACAGAAUACACUUGCCUGGAUUUGUGUAAGAACUUAAUUGCGUUUGAGCUUAUGGCCAGACUAUCUGAACAUGAGAUAUCAGAUUUCCAUCGGUUCUGUCUUUGCUCACCCAGGUCUGAAUGGGGGCAAUUAAGGAACUAUGAGGGGUCAUAAGAGGGUCAUUGUGGGCUAUGGAAGGUUAUGGAGGGGUUAUAAAGGGUCUGUGAGUCAGAGUUUUGAACUGUUUGCUCUCUGUUUUUGCUCUGUGAGUCAUUUUCUGGCUUAGUAAGAUCCAUUUCAGGGUCUGUUCACCUCAGGGGGGGUAACAGAUGUCAGUUUGAGGAUAAGAGGCUUGUAAAUAUAUUGUGUUGGUAUUUUAGGGGCUCUUGCAGACAUGUUUGGAUAUGAUUAUGUGCUAAUGACUUCAAUUUUUGGUGGUUAUGUUUUAUAGUCAUCAAACCCACUUUCCAUUUGCUCACUCGGAGCUCAAACUGAUGUUUUACAUACGUGAAGGCUUCUUCGUUUUCAUUCUGUUUUUCUAUCAGAGAGCUCUUCUGGAUGUACAGUGUCCUCUGCAGCAUUUGGUCUGUUUACUUCUUUGCACUCUUUACUAUGCAGGACAAAACUAUGUGAUCAUACACAGUGACGCUCAGUUCAAAUAUUUAGAUUUCAUUGAGGUGUAGAUCAUUUCGUUUCUUAAAACAGUCCCUAUAUCUUUUCAUUGUCAUGCUGAGAAUUCUCCUGGAAGAUCAGCAAAUGCAACUAUAAAGGAAGAAAGCAUGCAUAGGCGUUAGAAAACUCAAAUUGUUUUAGUAUUCUGACGAAUAAUAGACUAACAUGCUCACAUAUGGUUUGGUGGUACAUUGUAGUGUUCUUUUUCUAUAUAGCUUGAGUUGGAGAAUGGAUGUGGUUUGUUUUCACUACUUAGAUUACAAUUCAUUUGACUGUCAAAAAUCAACAGGAUGUAACUUUUUUUUUUUUUCGCCACACAGAGGACAAGAUGAGUAAAACCUGCUUUGCCCAUAGGGGGCGCCAAAUAUGACACAAACUUACAUUUUCUACGAGAGCCUUAAGGAACCACCAUGUAAACCUAUGCUUGAGUGGCUAAUACAGGCUUGUGUACACUAUGUAAAGGCCAAAAUAGUUUUUGUUUAAUAAAAAAAUGUAGUUGUUCUUUUGGUAAAAAUGCAGUUUGUUAAACCACCUAAAUAUCUACAUUUAAUUAUGAGUAUUUUCAGUUGACAGUAAAUAUUAGUUAGAAGGAAUAUGCCUGUUUAUGGCUUGAUAUUCAACACACUCAAGACUUAUACAGUGACAAACUGAUAAGAAACACUUAAGCACCACUUUUAAUAUAAUCAGUCUUUAUUUAUAUAGCACUUUUCAUUCACAACCAUGUAGCACAGAAAUAGCAGUAAAAAGAAUAGGAGUAGAGGAACCAAGAUAUACCCAAAUCUACCCCAGCCCAACCCUUCAUUCACACCCCACGAUCUAAUUACAACAGAAACAGUAUUAAAAUGCAUAAACUUGAUUACGUGGAAACAGGAAUGUGUGCAAAUUUGUGUGGAAAUCACAUCCAGUAACAUAAUUAGAGAAGACAAUUAAAAACAAUUGUCAAAAAUUUUAAAUUUCAAUGGUUAGAAAUGCUAGGACAGUUCAGCAUGGUAGAUGCUUACUGUGCUGGAUCCUGAAUACAGCUCGACAAGUUAAUAAGUGAAGACAGAACAUGACCAAAACCAAACUGAUUUCUCUUUUAUUCUUGUUUCCUUUCUUUUCUUUUCUUUCCUCUUCUUCUUUUUUUUCUUUUCUUCUCACGCUUCAACAACAUCCACUGUUUUCCCUUGAGGAGCAACGAAUUUAAGACAUUUCAACAACUCUAGAUGUGUCUUAUUUAUGAAGCGUAACUGCUGUUAGGGUGAAGAAGUCAGAAGUUCUCACCACAGAUCCUUUGCAUACCACUGAGGUGUUUAUGGAGGAAGUGAGAGGUUCCUCCCUUUAACACCAGGGAAUAUACAGACACACACGCACAGAGGUACUUGUGGAUUUACACCUACAAACACAGGGGGCUGCAGACAUCAGGCUGAAAUCUGCACUAAUACACAGGGGGGCAAAAGAGAAGACGAAAACAGAAGGACCCAAGUCUGUCGACGUUAAUAGAUGAGGAAAAAGGGACAUCAAAAGGCAGGGGCACAUGUCCAGGAGGAAAAAGUGGGAGUGAAGGGAUAGAUGAUGGAGGUGGAGAAAGAUACAAGGAAAGAGGGAUGGUAGAGGAGAGGAGAUGGAUAAAGGAAGGCAUGCUGUUUCCUCAUGUGGGGAGAAUAAAUAGUGAGUUAGUGGUCUGGUUUGCCUCCUGGGGUCUUGGACACAUAUGCUUGCUUACACACACACACCCACACACAAACCACUACUGUGUUUACAAUGGAGAUUAGAGCAGCUCUACUCUGUACCUCAGCAGAGCAGAGCCAUGUGUUUAAAUGAUGAGAGGAAUGUACACUGAUGUAUGGGCAAAGUAUGCUAUGUACAUGUUUUGUCAUUUGUAACCUUCAUGACUCCUGCAGGGACAGGUGUAUAUUUAUUCAUGUUACUCUUGAAUUUGUGUUUUUCAUGUUAGGUGAUGCAGUGUUCCCUGUGGGUGGAGUAGUAACAUGAUAAAAGACCUUACACUUGGAUAAUUAGUUAAAGAUUAUUACAACCACAGCUGUUUAAGGUUGCUAUUUGGCGGUGCUAUGAGAGCAAACGUUUGCUUUUACACUGUUCUUAAAUGCCAUGUGGCUCCCUGAUGGGCUGAAUCAGUCUAUGAUGUGAGAGUCACUCAUGAAUACUGAUGUUUUUGCAGCUCAGUUUGAUAUUUUUUUUUUACAUGGCUGUUAUUCGUAUUAAUGCCUUUUCAUGAUAUACAAAAGCAAACAAGUCCAUCAGUGACAAGAGUGACAACUUUAUUUUGCCAUUUUAAUCCCUGAAACCAGAGUGAGAGGGUAUAGGUGCAGCCAAGCAGCUGGAGAAACAGACAUGUUUUUACAUUUUCCAUAGAAAGUGUUCACAGUAAAAAAUACAUUUGACUGUAAGAAGUCUGUAUUGAGGUUUUCUGCCAGAAGACCAUCAGUGUGUUUACAUGCACAGCUUAAUCGGACUAAGCUCAUAACUCUUUUUUUUUUUUUUUUCCCGAAUCGGACUCUUCUACUUGUCCGUGUAUACGUGUAGCUGAGAAAAUAGAAUUGUUGACAUGAACGUGUCCUCCUCCCCAAAAAUAGGGGGCAAUAUGGGUUUUCUCAGCUGUGCUGUUUCUGGUUGACCCAACUACAACAGCAGGUCUGUGCCAGACGUCAGAAGUUGCUGGGCAUUUUCGAGCAAGAAGAUGGAGCGUCAUACAGCGUUGUUUUUGUUGUACAUGAUGUACGCGCUACUUUUUGCUACAGAUGAGGUGCAUGCUACUCCUCUUCUCUGGUGUUUUUGUUCCGGGGUUACAGGGGCGUGGUGCAUGUGCACAUGCAUUGUCCUAUCAUACUCCACUGGUUACAUGGUAGAGAAACUCAAAUUCCAGUCGCAUUAUCUGGGUGUCUUAAUCGGAGUUCUCAAACUCUGUUUAUAGUUGGACUAAGUUGUUAACAUGCACUUCAGUUGUCCGGUCCUAAUUGGAGUAAGGCAAUAAAUUCAGUUUUCUUGAGUGUCAUGUAAACAUACUGACUGUUUAAGCAUAUAGAGAGCUAGGUAUGCAUGAAGCGCUUUGUCAACAGGGGCGCCAAAAUUGGCACGAACCAAAAGUUAUACACUGGAGCUUUAAGCAACAAACAGGAUUUUUUCGACAGAAAGUGCAUUCUUAAAAUGUAAAUAUAUCAUAAUGAAAAAAAAAAAACAUGCACCAUGGGAUUUAAUGUUAUGUACUAAAAAAACAAUGAGGGAUGAACACUUACUUUGAGACACACUUCCUAGAAUUUUCAAAAGCUUUGGUUCUCUGAUUUAACUUCAAAACACUCAAGAAAGUGAGUGAGAAUCAGUGAUGUUCAAUACAGGGGGGGCUAUUGUAAAUGAUCCUCUGAUUCAGAAAGGUACUAAAAUACUUUGAUAUCAAGUCUCACUCAUGACAGCAAGUAGUUGUCUUGGUUUGACCUGUGCCAACAUGUAACUCAGUAUACUCCUCACUUAGCAUAAAAGUUUCUCUCCUUUUCCUUUGGUGUAUUGAGUGCCUAUCUCUCUCUGAAAACUGCAGCUGACUUAAGUAUUCACUUGUGUCCACAGGUUAUUGACGCUGUCAGAGUCACUUAUUACUCGAAGCUGACAGACCCAAACCACUGAUCAGUGCAUGGCAGGUGGUGGAAUGCAAACAUAUGAGAACAAGUUAAACACUGACAAAUCCCCAAAUAGGCCAUAGACUUACAAGUAAUUGUUUAUUAAAAUAAGCAAAAAUAUGUAUUUUAAGUCUAUUUAAACAUUAUAAAGGUCAUCACCAUGGGAACAUUUAAUGAAAUGCAAGUGCCAUGAAGCAAUACAGCUUGAUUUGGGUAGGCUAACACUUAAUUCGAGCCGGUUCCAAACAUUUGAUUCAGGUUAGCUUACAAUUCAAAAGUUUUAUCACGUAACAGCCUAAAGCUCUUGACAGAAAUGUUAGUCCUUCUGACAGUUAUUUUGACAUGAAAUAUAAAGAACGAAAACAGAAAUGUCCGAGCUAUGUGCCAGAAAUACAUAUUCCGCUUAUGUAACACCUGACCGAUUGUGUACAUAGCUUUUCUAGUGUCACUCAGGAUCAAACCAAAUAUAAGCAUCCUCUCAUAUUGACCCAGCAGCCCAAGUGU